AUGUCUCGUCUGCGCCAGGCUCUCCAGCGUGUCUUAGGUGUGAGUCCGGCACCAAGCGCCUUGCGCUCUCGGACUAUUGACACAAACUUCUCUACCAUCAAAGAGGGAGACCGAAUCAUUCUACACGGCAAACAACCCUCGCUGUCAAAAGCAUUGAAGCGAGGUGAGAAGUUCCAAACUCCCAAGGGAGCAGUGGAUCACGAUAGCAUUAUUGGGAAACGUGUUUGGGACACAGUGCAGUCUCGCAAAGGCCUUCCACUUCGAGUCAGCCUCCCAACAUUGGAAGAAUAUGUGGCCCUGACUCCUCGUCUGGUUACGCCGAUCUAUCCACAAGAUGCCAAUUUGAUUGCCUCCCUUCUCGACAUUCAUGUCGACACACCCGUCGCCGGUGAGACACAACCACCUUUGGAAAUCCUUGAGUCCGGCACGGGCCAUGGAUCCUUAACACUACACCUGGCGCGGGCCAUUCACGCCGCCAACACCACUCCUCCGCCCCGUCCAUCACGAUCCCAGAUCAAAUAUCUAGAAGGACGCGCCAGUAGACCGGGCGAAAAAGACACGGAACAAACAGGAGAAAAACUCAGCGAGGUAACUGCGGAUCCAGCACAGGCGGACUGGAAUGCCUGGCGAGCGCAGCGUAACGCUAUUAUCCACACCGUCGACGUAUCGCCGAAGUUCUCCGCGCUAGCUGAGAAAAAUGUCCGCGGAUUCCGCCGUGGAAUUUACUCAGGCAACGUUGAUUUCUAUGUGGGCCCUGUCGAAAAUUGGGUUGCUCAACAAAAGCAACAGCGGAAGAAGACUGGUCUGGCUUCGCUGACUGGAGGAAAUCCUGUUGAUCCGUUCCUUUCGCACGUUAUUCUAGAUAUGCCUUCUUCGAACUUGAGGAUCCCUCACGUCACCCCGGUCUUGAAACGCGAUGGCCUACUGGUGGUCUUCAUGCCUAGUAUUACGCAGAUUGGCGAGUGUCUUCAACUGAUCAAGGACCAGCGACUGCCCCUCGUCCAGGAGAAGGUCAUCGAACUUGGCUCUGGCAUUAGUGGCGGUCGCUUGUGGGACGUGCGGUUUGCGACUAAAAAGUCCGGUGCCGACCCAUCGUCUUGGACUGCUCCUUCUGAUGCCGAGGGAAGUAGUCCAGCCGAGGCUGACGAACAGUCCAGUGCUUCUGACACUGCCUCUGAGGUGGUCGCCGCAGAGGAGCCUCCCAAGGAAGGAGAGUCUGUCUUGGUCUGUCGACCAAAGGUCGGAGUACGUAUCCAGGGUGGCGGCUUCGUGGCUGUCUGGCGUCGUAUUGAAGACCGUUGA